AUGGAAACUGUGUUGCCUAAGAAGGAAUGUGAUGCUACAAUUUCGGAAGAUGAGCCGAAGCCUGUUGCCAAUUUUAAUCAACGUCCAACACUCGGGUUAACUGGCUUUAAAAAGAUUGGAGAGAAGGUCAAAGUAGGAAAUCGUUUUAUUAUUGGAAAGAAGGAUAGGCCUCUUGUCCAAAAGGAUAGACAAGGAGCUCAGACACAGGCUGACUUUCAAAUGUUGCAUGUGAUAGGAAAUGAAGAGUACUAUAAUAUAGUUUCUGUCUCUUAUACACAUCUAGAUGUGUAUAAGAGACAGAUUGUUUCUUCCUCCAGCGAUGGAAUACCACGAGUUUUCACUUUUGAUGCCGCUGCGGUGAAAGAAGGAGCAUCGAUAUCGGAUCUGUUUGCAAGGGAUGAAGUUGAGGAGGAUUUCAAUGCCAUUGUGGAUCAAGAUGAUGACAGAGUUGAGGCAUUUGUGUCCCAGGAGUUAGUCGGACAGUUGGUUGAUAGCUACUUCUUUAAGUCUUUCAUUUUCGCUGUGAUUGUUGUCAAUGCUAUUUUGAUAGGGCUCCAGACAAACGAGGAACUAUCGAGGGACUACGCUAAUGUUUUUUCUGUAUUCGACAACAUUGUGCUUACUAUAUUUGUGUGUGAACUGGCUUUAAAGUGGUACAAUGGCUUCUUCAUCUACUGGCGAGUAGGAUGGAAUGUGUUAGACUUCUUCAUCAUAUUGACGCUUCUUCUGGGUCCAACACUGACGUUCCUGGGCAGUAGCCGCAUCCUACGGAUCUUGCGUGUUCUAAGAGCUUUCAGAAGUCUCAGGAGCAUUAGUGCAUUGGCGGGAAUUUCUGUAGUUGUGCAGACGAUAUUUCAAUCUGUUCCAGACAUGACAAAUAUCGCUCUUCUUUUGGUCAUCAUAAUGUCUGUACUGAGUGUAGCAGGUGUUUCCUUGUUUGGCAGAGAUGUACCAAAACACUUUGGUGAUAUGACUUCAGCAAUGUUUUCGUUGUUUAUCUGCGUAACUCAAGACGGAUGGAGGGGUGUUUUCAAGGAUUUUGAGGAGAAAGGUCUGUUUGUUACCGGUGCUCUUUACUUUAUCGUCUGUAUCAUUGUCGGUGCAUUUGUGUUUGCGAAUCUGGUAGUGGCGGUCGUCGUAACCAACCUGGAUAAAGCUAUGAGGGAUGUAAAGGAAGAAACCAAGAAAAGAGAGGAUACGCUUUCUGCAAAACCAGUAAAUCAUGAAGAUGACCAUUUGCAUGUUGAGCAGAGCGUUCCUAUCAUAAGUGUUGACAGUGUUUGCGAAGAAGCACACUUGAAUCUUCAAAAACCUCUCUAUUUUGGCGAUUUAAGACACCUUACACCUAAGAAGCUUCAAAACUAUUUUCUCAUCAUCGCGGCGGUGGAAGAGAACCUGGUCGAGUACAAGAAAAUAAGAAAAGAAAUUGACGAGAUAUUCUCGUUGGUUUGGAAUUUAAACUUGGAAGAAAGAGAUGACAAUGAUUCUGGGACCGAAGAAGACCAGCCACCAACUUAUCCAUUUUCUGCCGUCAACCUUGAUCACAUCGGUCGAAAAGGUGACAUCUUAUCCAACCUAAUAGAACUGGAGAAAAGGCAAGUUAUCUCAUCGAAACAUGGUAGUUUCAGUGACAUGGUAAAAGAGGCAGCAUUUGCAAUGGACAUUCACAAGACGUAUGCUACGGGAAUAAGGAGGUUGUCAGUUGGUAAAACCCGCUAUAAAGACAAUGAGAAGAAAGUAUCUACUACCAAGUUACAAAAUACUUAG